GUUGGUGGCAGACAUUCAGUGCCAUCAAGUACCCAGAAAUAUCUUCUUUCUCCAUGCCAGGAUACUCAGAGUUUUACUUCAAUGUGGACCAUGGCUAUUUGGAGGGUCUGGUCCGAGGGUUCAAAGCUGGGAUCUUGACAAGUGCGGACUAUGUCAAUUUAGCUCAGUGUGAGACACUAGAAGAUCUGAAGUUACAUCUACAGACUACAGACUAUGGCAACUUCUUGGCUAACGAAACUGGCCCUCUCACUGUUUCCACCAUCGAUGAAAAACUGAAAACAAAACUACUCACAGAAUUUCAUUACUUUAGAAACCAUGCUUUUGAACCACUUGCCACUUUUCUGAAUUUUGUCACAUACAGCUAUAUGAUUGACAACGUAAUUCUUUUAAUAACUGGCACAUUACAUCAGCGACCCAUAGCUGAACUUGUUCCCAAGUGCCAUCCAUUGGGGAGCUUUGAGCAAAUGGAAGCAGUCAGCAUUGCCUCAAACCCUACUGAACUCUUCAAUGCAAUUUUGGUUGACACACCAUUAGCUGCUUUUUUUCAAGACUGCCUGUCUGAAAAUGACCUUGAUGAAAUGAACAUCGAAAUAAUGCGCAACAAACUGUACAAGUCUUACCUUGAGGCAUUUUAUAAGUUUUGUGAAAAACAAGGUGGUACUACAGCAGAAAUAAUGAGACCUAUUCUUGAGUUUGAGGCAGACAGACGGGCUUUUAUCAUCACCAUUAAUUCUUUUGGCACUGAGCUGAGUAAAGAUGACCGAGAGAAGCUGUAUCCAACUUGUGGAAAACUUUAUCCAGAAGGCUUACACCUGUUGGCCAAUGCAGAUGACUACGAGCAAGUGAAGCGUGUUGCAGAAUAUUAUGCAGAAUACAAGGCUGUGUUUGAAGGUGUAGGGAGUGGCACUGGAGAAAAGACACUGGAAGAUGCAUUUUUUGAACAUGAGGUAAAGCUGAAUGUGCUUGCAUUCAAUAACCAGUUUCAUUUCGGAGUAUUUUAUGCCUAUGUGAAGUUAAAGGAACAAGAAUGCAGGAAUAUUGUAUGGAUUGCUGAAUGCAUUUCUCAGAGACACAGAACCAAAAUUAACAACUACAUUCCAAUUUUCUAAAUCUGAGAAUCUAUGAUGCUUGAAAAGAUACAUAGAAAAGAAGAAAAAUUUAUUUCAAAAAUUAA